UCCCUACAAUGUGUAAACCCUAGAAUACCCCUACCUGAUUUGGAAAGAAUUCCACAGUCUCCAAUAUAUAAAUCGACGCCAACCGACACAAACGAAGCACGCGGCCGUUAAGAAAUUGGAGGUAUUCGGUGGAAUCAUAUUGUUUUUUUUAUCAGAAUUGCAAGGUGUUGUUGCUUGGAUUGUUGCGGUUGACUUGUUAUCAACUCGAGUUACUGGAGAGAUUGGCGUAGUAGUGGAUUUUGGGAGCUAUUGAUUUCGAUUGAGGGGAUUCUGAUUAGGAGAUGUUCAUUUCGAUUUGUAGGGGUUGGGAUAUUGAAUUGGAGAAAAUAUCAGUGUGAACGAUUGUGAGAUCUUCCUUUCUGAAAAUUGUUUAGCUUUGCUUUCGAUUCCCAAUGUUUUUAGUCUUAAUUCGGAAGCUUAAGAUUGUAUUGCUGUUAAUGUGAAACGAAAAGAUAGUCCAUUUGAUGUUAGGUGAAAGUUCAAGGAGACAUUGAACGUUGAGCGGCCCUUUGAGUUGGUUUCUUCUUGAUAGUUUAGGGCAUCUGUCACUGUGAGAUAAAGUUACCGUGAUGGAUGAGGCUCCGUGUAGCUCUAACUCGGUGGCGCCUUUCCUUGCUAAGACGUAUGAGAUGGUGGAUGAUCCAUCUACAGACUCGAUUGUGUCUUGGAGUCAGAACAAUACAAGUUUCAUUGUAUGGAACCCUCCGGAGUUUUCUAGGGAGCUGCUGCCCAGAUACUUCAAGCACAACAAUUUCUCUAGUUUUAUUAGGCAGCUAAAUACAUAUGGUUUCAGAAAAGUUGAUCCUGAACAAUGGGAAUUUGCAAAUGAAGGUUUUGUUAGAGGAAAGCUACACCUUUUGAAGAAUAUUCAUAGACGCAAGCCUGUUCACAGUCACUCAACACCAAAUCUGCCCCCCUUACCUCCCCUAACGGAGUUAGAAAGGAAAGGAUAUAAGGAGGAUAUUGAGAGGCUCAAGUGUGAAAAAGAAUCACUCGAUGUGGAAUUGCAUAGACACAAGGAGGAGAAACAAGAGCUUACGUUGCAAAUGAGAGCUUUUGCUGAACGCGCACAAAAUGUGGAACAACAUCAUGCAAGUAUGCUAUCCUCCUUAGCCGAGACAUUGCACCAACCUGAUCUUGUGCCGCAAAUGGAAGGGCAUGAUAGAAAGAGAAGGUUUCCUGGAAACAGUUACUUAUGUGAAGAAACCAGUAAUGAAGAUUGUCAGAGGCCAUCUUCACAAAAUUUGUCACUCGACAAUUCAGAUGCGGAUGCACUUUUGACUUUCAACAAGGAAUUGUUGGAUCAGAUAGAUUCUUCUAUGUCGUUCUGGGAGAAAAUAAUUCUUGAAGUUGGUGAAGGCUUAGGAAAAUCUAAUUCAUCCUUUGAGUUAGUUGAAUCAACAAGUUGUGCGCUCAGCCCCGGCAUAUCUUGCACCCAACUUAAUCUUGAUGUUGGAGGCAAUACACCUGAUAUUGACAUGAAUUCUACACCGAGAGCUGUUAGUGCCCAAGAUAUGCAACCUCCUGCUGAAGAACAGGCAGUAAUGACAGCAACGAUUGCAAGAACAGGGGUCAAUGAUGUAUUUUGGGAACAGUUUCUAACAGAAAAUCCUGGUUCGAACAAUUCAUCUGAAUUUCAGUCAGAGAGAGAUGCUGGUGACAAGAAAGAUGAGAGUAAACCAGGCGAUCAUGGAGUGCCCUGGUGGAAUAUGAGGAGUGUGAAUAACCUUACUGAACAGUUGGGGCAUCUCACUCCCGCGGAAAAAACUUGACCUACAGUAUGGUUUUAUGGUAUUCCUUUUUUUUUUUGGUGAAUGCACUUUUGAUAUCUAAUGCCUACGGCUGUUGAUUUAGAGAUGAGUUUGAUCUCGCAGUAGGUAGACAUUCGAUUUAUAACCUCCCCUCCUGCACAUAUUACCUUUUGAGCUACGUUUUUUUGCUUUGUACACAUAGUUAUUGUUGUAUAAUAGAGGAAUGCUUCUUAGCUUUCUAGCGUUUUUUGUGUUGCGUGCAGAGGUACCGCGUUUUGAGUUCUUAUGUCAACUCGUUGCUUAUUUAUUUUGAA